CUAACAACUCAUGCUAUCGUUCAACCGUUGAUUCCUUGCUCUUUUCCCCUCUUCUUCUCCUCUGGCCUGGUGUUCUGGUCCUCUCGUGCUCCCCCCCUGCAACUGCUCGGUGUCUUCCACCGUUUUUCCAACAUGAAGUUAAUCCGCACUUUGUCCUUGCUCGUGGCACUCGCUUCUGCCGCGUUGGCCGAUGUCGAAUUCCUCGAACCAGACGCCGGAGCGACUGCCAAAGGAGGAGACACAAUAACCGUUCGAUGGAGGGAUUCUGGAAAGGAACCGAAGCUGUCACAGCUCACACGAUAUGAUUUAUAUCUCUGUGCUGGCGGAGAUACGGCGGAUUCUUAUGAGGAACUGUCUCAUCUCAUCGAGGAAGGUACAUUUGCACGAGGGAAUUCGGUUUCGUUCAAGAUUGAUCCAGAGGUUGGAGACGGUGACGAGAACGCAUAUUUCCUCAAGAUGGUCUCCAAGGGCCCCGAUGCGGAAGUCGUCAAUUACUCCAAGCGUUUCACUCUCACUCAAAUGACGGGCACUUUUCCGUCCAACGUGCGUGAUGGGCUUGCUUCUGUCUCUGAUGAUCUGGGCGGCCCCGGCUCCAAGGUUGAUGAGGAACAGUCGACACUGGAGCGCGAAGAAUUGCGGAAGAGACAAGAGAAGGGCGAGUACACAGUACCGUACCAGGAUCAAUUGACCGGCUUAACCAGAUAUGCGCCAGCAGCGAAGCAGCCUGGUACGACGAUAACUGCGAAGAGCGCCAAGCGCCAAUUUCCUACCAGUGCCUACGUCGUGGCCACCACUUUCUUGCCAGAGCCCACGGUUGAAGUGACUUUGACAGCCACUGCUACUUUCUCCACUUCUAGCAUUGAGAACACUGCUUCGCCUGCUCCGCAACCCGACAGUGACCUGAAGCGCUUCCUGAGGAGAUGGCAAGACGAAUAGAUGUCUCUGAAGCGGACUCCGUUAUUUUUGGACUUAUUAAUAAAAAGAACUGACCUUCAGCACAGUCUGUUCUCCCCUUGAGGUCAUUUACCAUGCAUCUACCGGACGACUUUUACUUGACGGCGUUAUAUGGACACAUGAGACAAUAUCCUAAUUUUUUGAAGUAAUUCUGCUGCCAUUGACGAUCAUACGAUAUUCACUCAGCCGGGUCUAAUUUAUUGACAGUUUUCUUGUUUGGAGAGAUAGCCUAUAUGAUAGCGAAUUCCAUUACCACUUUUAUUUA